AUGGAGUGGGCGAACCCUCAGGACACCUCCAACCAAUCAGAGUGGAGCUGGGAGGACCAAUGGGAGCCGCCUGUGUUCGGAGGGGCAGAGCUGGCGUGUGUGACGGGGGUGUGUGUACUGCUGCUGGCCACGGGUAUCAUGGGAAAUAUGCUAACGAUCCUGGUGGUGUGGCUCCGCCCCCAGCUGAGGAGCUCCACCUACCUGUACCUGAGCAGCAUGGCUGUGUCUGACCUCCUGAUCCUGUUUCUGAUGCCCCUGGACCUGUACAAGCUGUGGCACCCCAGGCCGUGGCGUCUUGGUGACUUGGUGUGUAAGGUGACCAUGUUCGCCAGUGAGAGCUGCACCUUCUCGUCGCUGCUGCACAUCACGGCUCUGUCUCUGGAGCGCUACCUGGCCGUGUGCCGGCCGCUGGCCGCCAAGACGCUGCUCACUCGUCGACGCACGCGGGCCCUGAUUGGCUGCCUGUGGGGAUCGGCUCUGCUCAGCGCGGCGCCUGUGCUGCUCAUGGUGGGGGUGGAGGAGCUGGGGGCGGGGGAGCUGGGGGUGGAGGAGGGCAGGGGAGGGAGCGAGUGUCGCUGCACAGACUAUGCUGUCUCCUCUGGUCUCCUGGCAACCAUGAUGUGGCUCUCCAACCUGUACUUCCUCGUGCCGCUUGGCAUUCUGGGCCUUGUCUACAGUCUGAUUGGACGGAAGCUGUGGCUCCGCCCACUACGUAACAGCAGGGACCGUGCUCAGCGCAACACCGUCAAGAUGCUCGGUAUGAUCGUGCUGGUGUUUGUUCUCUGCUGGCUGCCUUUCCACGUGGGACGCACUCUCUUCUCUCUCUCUCUGGGCUCCACUCCAGGAGCUGAUGUUCUGUACUACGUGUCUCAGUACUUCAACCUGGCGUCAUUCGUCCUGUUCUACCUCAGCGCUGCGGUGAACCCCCUGCUCUACAACACCAUGUCUGCCCGCUACCGCCAGGCCCUGCGCAGCCUGCUUUUAUGA